AUGGCGGCAGCCAUGGCCCUUGCUAUUGCAGCAGCCGCAGCAGCGUCAUCGCUUGAGCCAGCUAUGACGGUCCAUGAAACAACCCAACAACCACACGAAGAAGAAGAUGAGCGCGAGGAGGAGAUGUACACUAUGCCAGAAAUAGGAGGAUUGCAUGGUGGGAGCCGAUUCCUAGCUGAAUUCAAUCCCCACAAGCGGUUGAAGUGCAAGCACAGUCCCGAUAUCUGCAAGGUGUGGGGCAGCCCCGGCCCAGACUGCUGCAAGAACAAGUGUGUGGACAUGGCCACCAACAGCCACAAUUGCGGACAGUGUGGCCACAAGUGCAAGUUCAUUCAGGCCUGCUGCCGUGGGCAGUGUGUGGACCUCGCCUUCGACAAGCGCCACUGUGGUCGGUGCAACAAUCGCUGCACCAAGAGUGUGCUCUGCAUCUAUGGACUCUGCAACUACGCCUGA